UAUGGCCAUAGUGGCGGAUUUAUCAAUUGGAAGAGUUAUUUCUGAUUUUAUUGUUCUACUUUGUUUAGCUGUUCCUCUUUUGAUUUUUGAACUGUUGGGCGAGCCAAAUAAACGUGGUUUCUAUUGUGAUGACGAAUCAAUUAGGUACCCAUACAGAACUUCUACUGUUAGUCGUCAGUUGCUUAUCGUUAUUGGGCUUCUCAUCCCUACUUGUCUGAUUUUCUUGACAGAAAUUCUCCGUACUUUGGUUUGGGAAAAACAAUCUGUCCAUCAAUUAUGUACUUUUAAAUAUAGAGCACAUAAUGUUCAUAGGAUGGUUGUUCGACUUUACGUUUUCAUGGGUUAUUUUCUACUUGGUGUUUGUUUUAAUCAACUAAUGGUGGACAUUGCAAAGUACACAAUCGGUCGCCAACGGCCGCACUUUAUGGAAAUUUGUUUGCCUAUUACUGAGGUAAAACUUAAUGGCAUCGGUGGAGAAAUUAGUAAAGUGUCCAAAGAUUUUCGAACAAAUUGUCCAUCUGAUGAGCAUACUUAUAUCACUGACUUCAAAUGUAGUGGGAAAGAAGUCGAUUUAAUUAAAGAAGCACAACUAUCUUUUUAUUCAGGACAUUCUGCCUUUUCAUUUUAUGCAGCCUGGUACACAUCGCUUUAUUUGCAAGCUCGUUGUUAUCGACCAUUAGGUAGUCAACUAGUUCUCCCAGCUGUCCAGUUCUUUCUUUUUUGUGGCGCUUCUUUCGUUGCUUAUAGCAGGGUGAGUGAUUACAAACAUCACUGGUCAGAUGUUCUUGUUGGUGUACUUAUCGGUUCUGCGAUUGGCAUAAUUAAUGCUUUAUUUAUUGCUGAAGUUUUUCAACGCCGUGAAGUACCAGAAGAGUUUGUACAUAAGAGACGACUUAUUGGCAAAUAUGCAUUCAGACAAAGUGAUGUUGAAUUGGGUAAUAUGAUAGAGCAACGUCCAACCAACUUUAAAUCUUCUGAAAUGGACAAACAACUACCGCAGCGUAUUCAUAAUGUACCAAUUAGAGUUAUUUCAUCUAAUGAAGGAAAUGGGAUAUAA